AUAAUAUUCCCUUGAAAACCCUCAUUGUUUUACGUAAUUGUCUUAACACUGUAAUCACGUCAUUAGAACAGAAUAGAUGUGAUUUCCAAUGACUAGGUGCCUAAUAAGCUAGGCUAAUGGUUCCACCUAACCACUUGCAUUGGACUGAACCAUCUGUGGUCUAUAAAUUGAAGCCAUUUGAGCAUAAGGUAAUUACUUUAUCCACUCUCCAUUUCCUAAUCUCCUCUCUAUUUAUCUGAAGUUAACUUCAUCGUUUAAUUUAAAACACUUAUUAGCAUCGUCCUAACUCCUAACCAUGCUGCCUGUGGACACUGCACGCUUUAUUAUUGGCAUAAUCGACCUGCAAUUGUGAAAAUAUGGAGUGAAGGAAAAGUAGCACAUUUCUCAUCUGCACCAUACCUAGCCACAUUCAUCAACUGUGGCCUUUGGUUAGUGUAUGGAACUCCCAUUAUUCACCCCAAGGGCCUGCUCGUGAUGACCAUCAAUGGCGCGGGCGUAGCCAUUGAAGUCGUCUUCUUGUUUGUAUUUUUCUUUUGUUCAGACAAGAGAAAAAGGUUGGAAUUAGGGGUCGCCAUCCUCGUCGAAGUUAUUUUCUUUGCAGCUCUGGUUGCUCUGGUCAUUACCCUUGCACAUACUUGGGAAACUCGGUCUGCUGUUGUUGGUGGCAUUGCAGCACUAGCUAGUAUUGUCAUGUACGCUUCUCCUUUGGCAAGCAUGAAAUUGGUGAUCACCACGAAGAGUGUGGAAUACAUGCCAUUGUCCCUUUCAGUUUGUUCAUUAGUGAAUAGUCUCUGUUGGAGUCUCUAUGCCCUUAUGCGAAUGGAAAUCUUUAUUCUGGUAACUAUUUACUCAAUAUCAAAAACGAAAUUUUGUACAUUUGCUUAUGUAUACACAUUACACAGGACUAUAAAGAAACGGAAGACUAUAUUAAUAUGUGCCAUUUUAGGCACCUAAUGGUAUUGGAGUGCUACUUGGGAUUGCCCAAAUUCUAUUGUAUGCGAAGUACUACAAAUCCAGCAAAGGUGUUGAAAGGAAGCAAGUUCUUGUAGAAGUUGGGUCAGAAGUUGGCUUGACCCAGGGAAACAAGAAACCAAUGAGUGAGGCUUGAAAGAAAUGGCACAAUAGUUACCCUCCUUGGAUACAUGAUAACAAAACAUUCUCUACUUCAUGCAUAUUACAUUUAUGUUACAAUACAAUAUAUAUGAAAUAUGUAGUAUAUUUUUCUCUCAUCCCAAGUAAUUUUUUAUCAAAAAGUUGUCAUAUAGUAAUAUCAAGUGUAUUAUUAUUUAUCGAAAAUUCCCGAGAUAUCACUAAAACUUACUCCCUCCGUCCCAUUUAUAUUGUCCCGUUUUACCUUUUCGGGAAGUCCCACUUAUAUUGUCUCAUACCAUAUUUGG